GUAAUGAUAAAAUCUACAAAUUAUCAAAUGAUCACAAACUAUACAAAACCAUAUAUAAUGAUUUAAUCGCGUUUUACACCAAUGAAUACCAAAUCACUUAUAAAACAAUUGAUUUGAGAGAAAUAAAUGAAAUAUCAAUCAUAACAUCAGAUGAUAUCGAAAUGAAAAGCGAUGAGAAUAUGCCAAUCGAUGACAACAAGAAAUUCAAUGAAACGUUACAACAGAUUAUUAUUCAUAACAUUAAAGCAGUGGAAACAAGAAGUGGUCAGAGCGUUAAUAUCGAUGAGUUUGGCGAACCCGAGCUAAUAGGUAGGGGUGGGUUUGGCGGUGUGUAUAAAGUGAAGCAUAACUCAGGCGAUGAGGUUACACAGCCCUGUGUGAUCACACCCCGCCCGGGAGGGGAACGUCUUAGGUGGACAUCGGUCAGUAGUACCGGCUAG